ACCAGAAGCAAGUCCCUGUGUCCCUCGUGUCUCGACCCCUUCACCUGCAUCCCCUUCUCCAUCCGCGUCUCUCCCCUUCAUCCCCAACUCAAACUCCUAAAACACCUGUGACCAACAAGUCCGCAAAUCCCCCCCAAAACCCAAGAUGGUGGUAUUCUGCCUCUCGUCCUCUUGGAGGCAUUGCACUUGAUUGCAUUUUGAUUUCCAACUAUUGAUUUGACGGCAAAUCCCAGAUUUAUCACGGCCGCACCUCUCAACCAGCCCGCUCUCUCUGCGAUCGAUUAGCCUAACUGCAUCCCCGCCUGCGCCAUUUCGCCCUGGCUUCUUCGCUCUUCCGCUGCCGUACAUCACCCUCUCGCCACCUUUUGACGUCUUCUUACUUCCUCCUCUUCCUUCCAUCUUUCCAUCGUUGGGCUCAUUCUUUGAGCGAUGCGUCCUGGCGGAGAAACGCUGCAAUAUGACAGACUCACGAUGACCUUUCAAACCUCCCUUUAUCCUACCACGCCAUUAUCCUCCGAUCCGACCUCCGUCCCUUCCUCACCCUCCUUCGCCGGGCAUGAUGACUGGCGGGAAGGGCCUUCACUUCCUUUCAGACCCCGUCCCGAUGGCUCACCUACCUCGAUUGUCAUAAAUAUCAGUGAUGGCGGUGCAACUGGCCGCGGCAUCCUUAUCGGGCUAUUAUCUGCGUUUGGUUCCGCUGGUGUUGCGGUGCUUGUUCUUGCAAUCUUCUUUUUCUUCAGAUAUACAUCUCGUGGCCGUAUCCUGUUAGACCGGAUAGGCCGGCCCGGCGAGUUCGACGAUGAGCAAGCCUUUGCGCAGGAAGAGGCCGAGGCCUUGGAGACGAUGGACGAGUUGCAGAGGGCCGAGUAUUUAAGAGCAAAAGCAUUUAUACAAGCGAAUCCUCCAGAGUCCGUGCAGACUGAUAUAUCGCUGUCGCAGUUUCUGGCGAUCCAAGAAAAAGGUGUUUCUGCGUGGGAGUUUGAGCCGGAAUUGGAAAUCGCCAACUGCUUUGUCGAAGCGAGAACCGAAAUCGAGUUCUUUGACUCAGAGUGCAGUGUACAGAGCAAUCUGCCAGUACCCAAGCAAAACGAAGUGUAUUACUGGGAGGCUAAGAUAUACGACAAGCCGGAGAAUAGCCUGAUCAGCAUUGGUAUGACCACGAAACCAUACCCUCUGUUUAGAUUGCCGGGUUUCCAUAAAACAUCGGUCGCAUAUCUUUCCACGGGACAUCGACGCUACAACCAACCGUUUACCGCAAGCACCUAUGGUCCACCUUACGUGCAAGGAGAUGUGAUCGGGGUAGGAUACCGGCCUCGAACCGGCAGCAUUUUCUUCACACGCAACGGGAAAAAACUAGACGAGAUUGCGCACAACUUAAAGACCCAGAACUUCUUCCCGACUGUCGGCGCCAACGGGCCCUGCCACGUGCAUGUGAAUUUUGGUCAGAUGGGGUUUGUGUUUAUCGAGGCGAAUGUCAAGAAAUGGGGGUUGGCACCUAUGACGGGAAGUCUUGCACCACCUCCACCGUAUGGGAGCGAGCAAGGUAGCAUCCUGCUCGAGACCGGAAGAGAAGGAACGCGGCAGUCGACAUACGAGCCUGGACACUCGAGAACACGAAGUGGCCUGGCAAGGCUUGGUCUCCCAGCUGGCAAUCCUGGGCCCGUCCGGUCAGCCACGGAUAUAUCUUUAGCGCAACUGGCGCAUAUAUCGACACAGGAUUUGCCCAGCCAGGGGAACGCGCUUCUGGACAUCGGAGAUAUACAGAACCAGCCUGUGGAGAAUACGCCUGCUGGGCAGCAGAUUAUCCCGCCUCCCGAGUAUAGCAGUCCUCCAGGGAGUCGAAGGUCGAGUGGGGACGGCGACGAAGACGAGAGGCAAGAGUUGUUGCGCGAACGGACAGGAGGACCACCCAUUCCCACGUACGAUGCUGCUGUGGGCGAAGCGGCAGGACCCAGCCAUACAUGACGAGAUACCCCUGAGCAUGAAAUAAAUAUCCUUUACGAGCAUGAGUGCAAAUAUGACCUGAAUGAUUCCGUUUCCAGUAAUACUACUGUAGCAGGCGUGGUUC